AUGCUGCGAACAAUUGUUAGAAGAGCCAAGGCUCAAAGUGCACGACAGCCGGCAAUCCGGUUCCCAGAUCGCAAGGCGCCUCACCAGAAAUCCGAGACCCACCCUCAUCCAGCCGCACCAGCAGAGAUCGCCGACGACUUCCCCAAGUUCCAAAAGACGCUCGAGUCAGGUCCACACUUUGACGCCAAUAAGCUGCAGCCCUUUGAGCUUGCUGCCAAGGAGUUCCAGGUUGGUAUGAGAAAGGAGGACAUGGAGGCGCAGAAGAGGGGAGGGUCGUCGGCUCCUUCUGAGGGUGGAGUUGAUGGAGCUGCUGGAGGAUCGAGGUCGGGACAGGGAGCAAAGGAGGCUGGAUCUGGGUCUGGCGGACCGAAGUCAGGGCAGAGUGAGGUCAAGGAGGGAACAGUGGAAGAUCUGCAUGACCUACCGCCGAGAUUCUGGAAGACUUCGACACUUGUGAUGGAUGAGGUAGAAAUGGAGGCAGUCAUGAGCGGAGGAGCUUCAUUGUCACAGCGAGCUUGA